AUGAAUUCUAUAGGACAAACAACACAACUACCUGAUUAUUCUUGUGAUGAAAAUGAUGUUUCUAUUCAGUUUGCAUUAUUGUCAUCAUCUCAUUCAGCUUGGAAUUCAAUCUCAAAUUGUUCUUUACAACAAUGUAAUAUAAGCUUGAAUGGUAGCGAUAAUUGUCUUUCAUCGUCAACACCAUGUUUUGAUUAUCGAACAAUAAAUAAUAUUAGUUAUUGUGCACCUGCUAUCCUAUGUUCAAUAUUAGAACGAUGUGAUAAUAUUACACAAACAUGUUCAUCAAAUGAUUCCGUGUGCGUUAUUAAUUCAUGUUGUUCAUCACAAGCAAUAUGUUUACCAUUAUUAGCAACAUACAUGUGUGAAAGAGGUACGAAUACAUAUUAUUUGAGUGCGAGUCAUCAACAUCGACUAGUACUUCAUCAACUAGCAGUACAAGUUCAACAUCAUCGACAAGUACAUCGACCAGUUCAUCAACAUCAUCAACAACUUCUACUACAUCAACUACAUCAACAACAAGCACAAGUACGUCAACAUCGUCGACCUCGAGAACAUCAACAUCAACAACCUCGAGUAUGUCUUUUAAAAGAAAAAAGAUUACAACAUAUGAAAGAUUUCGAUCUCUUUUAA